UGAAUAAUUCCAACAAGUAAUAGCUUCCACUUAUUUAUCCAUUCUGCCCGACAAACAUUUCAACCACCCUAUAUUAAAACCUUAACUCAUGAUACAUCUCCCAAUGCCAAGAUAAAAGAUCAAUUCAAAAACAAAGUCACAGUUUCACAUGAUCACUCUCACAAACUUCUAACAAGAAGAAAAAGAAGAUGAAAAAAGCACAAGUGGUGUUUAUCCCUUCUCCUGGUGUGGGUCAUUUAGUUUCCACUCUCGAAUUCGCGAAGAUUCUAAUCAACCGUGAUAACCGUCUCCGUAUAACCGUCUUAGUUAUCAAAUUCCCAAAUUCCACAGAAACUGAUGUCUACACCAAAUUCAUUCCCAUCUCUGAUUCUCUCAAUCUCAUCAACCUUCCAGAAUGUUCUCUUCCUCCAAACAUGGAUCGACGUUCCGCCAUGAUCGCUCUCCUUGAAGCUCAGAAACCAAACGUCAAACAAGCCGUAUCUAACCUCAGUACUAGAGAAGGACAACAUGGACACCUUGCUGCCUUCGUUGUUGACAUGUUCUGCACCCGCAUGAUUGAUAUUGCCAAAGAAUUUUCCGUACCUACGCUCGUCUUCUACACAUCCGGCGUUGCUUUCCUUGGCUUGAUGUAUCAUCUUCACACUCUGCUUGAACGAGACAGCUUAGAUUCGACUCAGUUGCUGCAACUCACUGAGCUGGUUGUCCCGAGUUUCGCUAACCCGGUUCCAACAAAAUCGUUGCCUAGUGUUGUGCUACAAAAGGAAUGGGAGUCGUUUUUGAUGGGCUACUGGAAAGGCCUCAAGAAUGCUGAUGGCAUUAUAGUAAAUUCAUUUGAAGAGCUAGAAUCCCAUGCGGUUGAUUCGUUUGUAUCUAAUGCAGAUCUAGCUAGUUUACCAAUAUACCCCGUGGGACCCAUACUAAACCUAGAACCUAAAACUAAAACCAAAGGAAACGAUGAUUCUGAUGACACCAUCAAGUGGCUUGAUGAUCAACCUCCUUCUUCAGUAAUUUUUCUCUGCUUUGGAAGUAGGGGUUCUUUCUACGAGGAUCAAAUUAAGGAGAUUGCAUAUGCUAUUGAGAAUAGUGGGGCUCGCUUUAUAUGGGCUCUGCGUAAACCUCCACCAAAGGGCACGAUGGAUGCACCUUCUAAUUAUCCACUUGUUCAUUUUGAUUCGAUUUUACCGAAAGGAUUUUUAGAUCGGACGGCUAAAAUUGGAAAGGUUAUUGGAUGGGCCCCACAAGCUCAAAUACUAGCACAUCCAGCGACCGGAGGAUUUGUUUCGCAUUGUGGAUGGAAUUCAACACUGGAGAGCAUUUAUUUUGGUGUGCCUAUUGCCACGUGGCCACUUUCUGCGGAACAACCAACAAAUGCUUUUGAGUUAGUGUGUGAGUUAAAGAUGGCUGUUGAGAUUGCAUUGGAUUAUCGGGUGGGAUAUACUGGUGAGCAUAACUAUGUUGUAAAUGCAGAAAAGAUUGAGAGAGGAAUAAGGAGUGUGUUGUACAACGAUGAAGAGAUAAGGAAGAAAGUAAAAGAGAUGAGUGAAAAGAGUAGGAAGACUUUAUUAGAAGGAGGAUCUUCUUACAAUUAUUUAGAUCGUUUGAUUGAUUAUAUUAUGAAUCAAAUAUGAUAGUAUCCACUCACAAGAAGGUCAUAGGGUAUUGAUUUAAUUUUCGCAUUAAUAAUGUUUGGUUUCUUGCUUUGCAAUUUAUUUGCAUUGUAUUGCUUGUUAGCAUGUGCUUCAUCUUUUUAGUAUGAUUUUUUUAUUAUUAUUAAGAAAAUAGGUAUUAACAAAGUUGACUAUGGUUUCUUGCUUUA